GUGAGCUAUUUGGAUGAAAUAACUUAAAUAAGGUUUAACUUGUAAGUUGUAGUUACCUGUCCGGGCUGUCUCAAAUUCGCGCAUCUUCGUACUUUGAAGUGUCGUACAUAAAAACUUUUGAACUGGCCUAACAUACCGUUGAAAACACUGCACAUACUCAAUUUUUUUUGCUCAAAAGGUAAAGCAAGAAUUAUACUUCUCUGUAACUUAAAAACUUUAUUAUAAUGGCUUUGCGAUUCAUAAAACGUACUUACAAUCGAAUGUUUCUCGCAAAGGACCCGAUGCCACCUUAUGCGAGCCAUGUGGUACAAAUUGGUGAUCCAGUGCUGCGAAAUAAAGCGUCCCCAGUCCCUUUAGAGAAAAUUGGGACCAAAGAAGUACAAAAUCUUAUUUUCAUUAUGAAAUCACUGAUGAAAAGAUCAAAUCUAAUUGGCUUGGCUGCACCUCAAGUUGGUAUACCAUUUCAAAUAUUUAUUAUUCAUUUUCCACGUCCAUCCCAUUAUUUCAGCAAAGAAGAAAUAUUACUUAAAGGAAUGGAACAUAUUGAAAAUCAAGUUUGGAUAAAUCCUGAACUUAAGGUUUUGGAUCACGAAAAAGUCACAUUCAACGAAUCCUGUGCAAGCUUUAAGGGUUAUUCAGCAGAUGUACCUAGAUACAAGCGCGUGCUCCUAACAGGAAUUGAUGAAAAUGGAGAGAAAAAAACUUUAGAUGCAAAAGAAUGGACUGCUCGAAUAGUUCAGCAUGAAAUGGAUCAUUUAAAUGGAGUGAUGUACAGUGAUCGAAUGGUGCUUAAUACCCUAUGUUGCACAGGAUGGCAUACUAUUAAUCAGUAUCAAGGAUUUGUAGAACUUCGGUAUGAAAAUUAGGAAAAUUGUAAAUUUUCAAAUAUUCAAGAAUCCAUUGUCUUUUUUAUGGAAAUAAACAAGAAUUGU